GUAAUUGCAAUCAAAAUCAUAAGGUCAUGAGAAGAUGCAUAGAAGUCUAGGUUUUGGUGGAAAGAUCAUAAAAAAAGGAAUACCAAGCUAGACAAGAGGAAACUAAAGCCAUAAUUAUAUUGCAAAUUGAAUAUUCAAAAGACAGUACAACACAAGUGACUUAAAGAACAUAAAUAGAUUGCCAUUUAGAAAGAAAGUGGUGUCAAUUACUUGAUAGAAGCAAAUCCAAUGGCAAUACUUCAAUGGCUGAGGGAAAGCUUCCUAACCCCCCUUCUCUUUGCAUCAAUUUUGCUUGUAGUAUUGCUAAAGCUUCUUCUAUCAAAGGCAAAAUCAAGAAAGAGAGAGCUCAAUCUCCCACCAAGCCCUCCAAAACUACCCAUAAUUGGCAAUCUCCACCAGCUUGGCAGCAUGCCCCACCUAUCUCUCCACCACCUAGCCGAGAAGUUCGGUCCCAUCAUUCACCUACAACUCGGUGAGAUUCCCACAGUUGUGGUUUCAUCAGCUAGACUGGCAAAGGAAGUGAUGAAAACCCAUGAUCUUGCCCUUGCAAGCCGCCCCCAGAUCUUCUCAGCCAAACACCUCUUCUAUGAUUGCACCGAUGUUGUUUUUUCGCCAUACGGUCCUUACUGGCGGCACAUACGUAAAAUUUGCAUACUAGAGCUUCUGAGCAUCAAGCGGGUCCAAUCCUACGGCUUUGUAAGAGAAGAAGAAGCUGCCCGUCUAGUUCAUAGGAUUGCUUCAGAGUCCUAUCCGGGCACCACCGAUUUAACCAAGCUCCUUGGACUAUAUGCCAAUGAUGUCCUUUGUCGUGUCGCGUUCGGAAGAGAUUUCUCAGCUGGAGGGGAGAAUGAUCGACAUGGAUUCCAAAAGAUGUUGGAGGAGUACCAAGUGUUGCUCGGUGGAUUCAGCAUCGGAGAUUUCUUCCCCUCCAUGGAGUUUCUACACUCCUUAACAGGUAUGAAAUCAAGACUUCAAAACACUUUUCGACGUUUUGACCGGUUUUUCGAUGAGGUGAUAAAGGAACAUCUCGAUCCCAAGAGAGAGAAAGAAGAGCACAAGGAUCUUGUCGAUGUCUUACUGGAAAUACAGAAGAAAGAGGCUGCUGAAACGCCUCUCACCAUGGACAAUGUUAAAGCCAUCAUUUUGGACAUGUUUGCAGCAGGAACUGAUACAACAUUCAUAACCCUAGAUUGGGGAAUGACAGAGCUCAUCACAAAUCCGAAGGUGAUGAAAAGAGCACAAGCUGAAGUAAGAAGUGUUGUCGGAGAAAAAAAGUUCAUUUUAGAAAGUGACUUGCCUCAGUUGCCAUACACGAAAGCAGUUGUCAAAGAGAUCUUUCGGUUGCACCCUCCUGCACCAGUACUAGUCCCGAGAGAAUCCAUGGAAGACGUCACCAUUGAUGGGUACAACAUUCCUGCAAAAACAAGGUUCUUCGUCAAUGCAUGGGCAAUAGGGAGGGACACGGAGUGUUGGGAAAACCCAGAAAUGUUUGAACCGGAGAGAUUCAUGGGUAGCACUAUUGAUUUCAAGGGGCAAGAUUUUGAGUUGAUACCUUUUGGGGCGGGUAGAAGAAGCUGCCCUGCUAUCAACUUUGGAGCAGUUACCGUUGAGCUAGCUUUGGCUCAACUUCUCCACAGCUUUGAUUGGGAGCUUCCCCCUGGUAUCCAAAUUGAUGAUCUGGAUAUGACUGAAGUUUUCGGCAUCACAAUGCACAGGAUAGCUCAUCUUGUGGUGGUUGCUAAACCACGCUUCGUUUGAGUCAAAACUUCGAAGGCAGAAAUCGAAGAACUAUGAUGGUAAUGAAAGAAAUCAAACAACAAUAAUGGUUAGAGAACAGUGUGAUCAAUAUUCUGUCAGUAUGAAUUAUAUGCUUAUUAGAAUUUAAUAACAAAGUUCAGCUCAAAGCAAAUAGACUAUAAAUAUGAUUCAGCAUCGUUUUUGUUUCCAUUUAAAAAAGAAACACGAGAUGUUGAAAAGAGAAAAGUUAAUGUUGGACAAAGCUGUUAAAAUUUGUACUUCCAACAAUGGUAUGCAAUGCUAAUAAAGUAUGUUCACAAGAAA